UAUAAGUUAUAAUAUGCUAUAAUUUUGCUACAUUUUUAGUUAAACAAAAGUAAAUACUAUUUUUUUAAGUUGCAAGGGAACUCUCAACGCAAGGCAAAACAUCUGUUUGCUGACAUAAGUUCAGUCACACAAAUCAAUUAAAUUGAAAUUUUAUACACAAGCAUAUUUACAUGGUGUAUAUAACAGUUGGUUUUGUAUAAUUAACGUGCACAGUGUGCAAACCACUUUUAUUAUACAUGAAGAUGCUACUUUGUGCGUUGCCAUUUUUUGCAUGCGGUAGAAUAAUACGUGGCUUUGGACGUGGUUCGAAAGAGUUGGGAAUACCCACAGCAAAUUAUCCCCUCGAAGUUGUAAAAUCUUUGCCUACAAGUUGUCAGAACGGCAUUUAUUAUGGUUGGGCUAACGUAGAUAACGGAGAGGUUUAUAAAAUGGUAAUGAGUAUAGGUUGGAAUCCGUACUAUGACAACAAGGAAAGGAGUAUGGUAAGUUAA